AUGCCAAAGUACUCCAAGUUCAUGAGAGACUUCCUCACUGACAAAAGAAAGAUUGAAUCCAUUCAACAAGUCACCCUAAGUGAAGAAUGCUCGACGACACUCCUCAACAAGCUACCCCAAAAGAAGAUUGAUCCAGGAAGCUUCACCAUUCCUUUCUCCAUUGGUGGAUCACCAAUACGCAAUGCGCCAACCGACUUGGGGGUUAGCAUUAAUCUAAUGCUGGCCUUUAUGUUCAACCGACUAGAGUUAGGUAAGCUACAUCCUACAAGGAUGAGCAUACAACUUGCGGAUAGGUCGGUAAAAUACCCUCAAGGUGUUAUAAAGAACCUAUUCGUAAAGGUGGGAGAAUUUGUUCUUUCGGCUGACUUUGUUAUCUUAGACAUGGAAGAAGACACCGAAAUUCCACUCAUACUAGGACGACCACUCCUGGCCACCGCAUUUGCUAUGGUGGGUAUGAGUGACGGAAAACUAACAUUGAGGGUUGAUGAAAAAUAG